AUAAAAACCCUAAAGAGUAAAGACAAAACGCCACCGAAAGCUUCCAACACUUACUUAUUUUCACUCAGUACUCACUCCAAUCAUAACUUCAACGCAGAUCGCCCAGCAACAUGCUUCAACCGGAAAACCAAGACCUCUACCGCUUCUUCACCGGCAACGGCACCUUCAUCAACGUCGGAGUGCCAUACGGUUUCCCUGCAAACUGUGAUGAUCAGUUUCCUGCCGGCGGGAUGCAAAGCUUCUGUAGUACUUCCAGCUCGUAUUAUCCCAGCUUGGAGGUGUCGGGUUUAUUAAAUUCGCCACCGCAGGAUAGAGCACUUGCCGCCCAGAAGAAUCAUAAAGAGGCUGAGAAGAGGAGGAGAGAGAGAAUCAACUCCCAUCUCGAUAAACUGAGGAGUCUUCUUCCUUGUAAUUCUAAGACAGACAAAGCUUCAUUACUGGCAAAGGUGGUCGAACGUGUUAAAGAGCUGAAAGAUCAAACGUCACAAAUCACGGAACUGGAAACCUUCCCUUCCGAAACUGAUGAAAUCACCGUACUCUCUGGUGACCACAGUGAUGGCAGGUUAAUAUUCAAAGCCUCGUUGUGCUGUGAAGACCGCACCGACUUGAUGCCAGACCUUAUCGAGAUUCUAAAAUCUCUUCAUUUGACAACUCUAAGAGCAGAAAUGGCCACUCUCGGCGGAAGAAUUCGAAAUGUUCUUAUUGUCGCCGCGGAUAAAGAUCACAGCAUUGAAUCAGUACAUUUCUUGCAAAAUGCCUUGAAAUCUUUGCUCGAGCGUUCAAGUUCUAGUGAUAAGUCCAAAAGGCGACGCACAUUAGACCGCAAAAUAGUUAUGUAACUGUGAUUGCUCGAUCGCACUCCAUUUCAUAUUUUGGUCAUUUGCGUUUAAUAUACGAGAAGUGUUACAACUA